CCUGGGAUCUUUCGCUUGGGGAGCCGGAGCCGCUUUCCAGAACGUGGAGGGGCAAAAAAAAAAAAAAUGCUUUUAGUGAUCCCCGAGAACCCGCAGGUUUUAGAAAGCUUUGGGGAGCGCUAAUAGAAGUGCUUUUCUUUCGCGAAUUUUUAAAUCUUGAAGCCUGGGCGGACAAUAAAAAACGCACACAGGCCAAAUUCCGGAGGACAGAGAUUGCAACGAACAACCAGGAAGCGGCCCGGCUGGGAGCUGUCCCCAGUUCUCCGCUCAGCACUCGAGGCCCCCUCCCGGGGUCCUUACGCCGUGUUCCUCUGUCCCGCGUGGCCUUUGCCACGACCUGGGCUCCGGCCCGGGCCCAUCACUCCGGAUCCGCCAUGUCAUCCGACUUCGAAGGCUACGAACAGGACUUCGCAGUGCUUACGGCAGAGAUCACCAGCAAGAUUGCGAGGGUCCCCCGACUCCCUCCUGAUGAGAAGAAGCAGAUGGUUGCAAAUGUGGAGAAACAGCUCGAAGAAGCAAAAGAACUGCUUGAACAGAUGGAUCUGGAAGUCCGAGAGAUACCGCCCCAAAGUCGAGGAAUGUACAGCAACAGGAUGAGAAGCUACAAGCAAGAAAUGGGCAAACUUGAAACAGAUUUUAAAAGGUCACGGAUCGCCUACAGUGACGAAGUACGGAAUGAGCUCCUAGGGGAUGAUGGGAAUUCCUCAGAGAACCAGUUGAUAAAAUUACGUGAAGAGAGGGCACAUCUGCUCGAUAACACAGAGAGGCUGGAAAGGUCAUCUCGGAGACUAGAGGCUGGAUACCAAAUAGCAGUGGAAACCGAGCAAAUUGGCCAGGAGAUGUUGGAAAACCUCAGUCAUGACAGAGAAAAGAUACAGCGUGCACGUGAACGACUUCGGGAAACAGAUGCUAACUUGGGGAAAAGCUCCAGGGUUCUGACGGGGAUGUUGCGAAGGUAAGAGCAAGAAUCAUCCAGAACCGCAUCCUGGUCGUCAUCUUGGCCAUCGUCCUGGUCGUCACCAUCCUGAUGGCGAUCACUUUUUCUGUCCAAAGACACUGAUGGAUCUGCUCUUCCCUGAUAAACAGCAACAACGGCUUGUUCUGAGUAAUUAAGACAAAAUGGUCACAUGAAUCAUUCUUUCACGCUGACAGGCCCUGAAUGACCCUCCUUCUUUUCACCACUGUUCAGCUGAAAUGCAAUGAGUGUAAAAAUAUUUUCUAUUCCUGUUUGCAUGUGGGUCAGUUUCCUUUUCUAGGUUGGUCUUCACCCAGAUUUGUUUUUUGUAGGGGAAGGUGAAUGUUUAUUUGCCUUUUGGUGAUUUCAUCUACUAACCAAAAUAGCCUUGGUGACAUUCUUCCUUGCCCUGUGGACAUGUCAGGGGUCAUGGUUUGGGAUAGGGCAUGAUGAGUCAGCCGUGGGGCAUCCGAUGGGCUGUGCUGUUUGUCACACAUCUCUUGUCACCAAAUUGCCCUUCUGUGAUGUCCAAGGAUAAAAAUGCAGAGAAAAACAGGGGCCAGAGCCAGUGACCGGCUCUAGCAAACCAGCCCUGUUCCUACCCAGGCAUAAUGAAUAUAGUCUACCUGCCUGAGUGCUUUCAUUGAAAAGGUGGCUAUUUAAUGUCAGUUGUGCAGGAAAUUGACUUAGCACUUUCUCUCAUUUUCUAUGCAUAUUUUGGUUCUUUUUACAGCCAAGAAUAUUUUUGCUGAGCCUGCCCAAGAUCCACUUUUCACAACUUUGAUUACUGGCUACAUGAAAUAUUUCCUUACCUUCCCCAAAUCCCAUAGUCCCCAGAAUUUGCUGGCAAAGUGAGCUCUGGCAUGAUAUUUAAUUGUGACCUCCUCUCCCUUGACCUGUGUAAGCAUCUCAGUAUCCUUUCGGUUUUAAUAUCUGCACUGCCAAAAGCAGCCCUCAUACAAGCAAAAGGUCUGACAAGACUCUCUCCACAUCCAUUCCAGUAUGUAAAGAGAACAUGAAUAUUUCAGGAAGAGCAAGAACAUGAGUCCGUCAGUGUGAAAUUUCAAAUGUGAUUAUAAAUAUGGUAGAGUCCUAUAGGAUGGCCCACUAGAAAUAAACUUCAUGGAAAACGUUCACUAACCUCCUUUCAAAGAAUAAGGGGUUGCAGCAUGUUACAAAGGACGGCUUGGAUUUUCUACAAAAAAAAAAAAAAAUGUUAGCGCAGCCUUCCUGAGUUCACUGUGUAUUCAAACCUCUGACGUGCUUUGUGAUUUCCUUUGGUUUCUUUCUGUCCGAGGUACCCGGGAAUUGCGUUCAAAAUGAGUUCAUUUCUGAUCAGGCUUAAAGUUGCCCCAAGCUGAGGUCAUUCUUCCCCUAGUCGGGAAGCAAAAUGUGUUUUUCUUAAGACUUCAUAGUCACUUACGAGGUCUGUACUAUCUUUUGAAUAUAAUUGGAAGCUUUUGAAUCCUUGAAAAGCAAACCUGUUCUCUUCAUAAAAAAUGCUAACCACCUGUGCCCGUGAUUGAGAUCACCUGGAUGCAGCUCUUGAUUUUUAUAUUUCUUCCCCAACUCAGAAAAGAACCGUGAUGGUUUAGAGAGGAAAUGCAGAAUGGCAAAAUCCACCAGAGAAAUCGUACUUAGCGAAACAGGCCAGGGCCUGCAUGUGUCCAGAUAAAUCAUUUAGUAUCGUGUAAAUAAAGCGGCAGUCUUGACCUCGCAGGGAUGGUGUGGGCUUUUGGCCGAGCGAAGGAGGACAGGGAAGGAGAGGGAAGGCGGUGCUCAUUUUCCUAUCAGCUUAAGGGAUCUCUCUCUCAGCAAGAUUCUUUUAUUCCGAUAACGGAAUUCUGUACAUGCUGAACACAUCGGAGAAACCAUUAAAAAGGAGGAAACAAACAAACAACCUCCUUCUCGUUCGGAAACACUAAUGGCGGGGAAGUAUUACACCAACGUCUCGGGUGGGUGCUUUUGAAACUGUUGAUCUUAGCUGAGGUGUGUAACCAGCUCUGUGCCUGCACCUCACACCUCUUCCCCAGGCCACCCAGCAAGCCAGGUGGAUCCGAUGGCCGAAACCUGCGGGCUCCUAAAGAUUUCAGUAAAACCUUGUGUUCGUGCUGAAGUAGAUGAAACGGGGAGGGACGGCCCUGCUCACCCCUCAAUGCCUUUUUUCCUUGCCAGUUCUAUCUCUUUAUCAGCUCUUGCCUGAGAUUUUGCCCCAAUUCAACCUCGAGCGUGAGAGACUCUGGACAGAUAACCCUUGGCCUAACAGCCCCGUCCGACCCACCUGGAGAAGUGACCCAGAUAGUGAGCGCUUCGUCAGAAGCUGGUCUGGAGGCCCCCGAACUCCCGCCUGGCACUCCCGGGUGCUGGAGGAGCAAUGCACGGGGGCCCCAGUGGAGGCACAGUUUUCUCCCCACUUCCCUGCUCCACCAGGGAAGGGAGAAAGCCCACCGAGGCAAAGCAGGGCCUAGAUCUGUGGAAGGUUCUAGGAACUUAACGUAUAGACUUUGAUCGAGGACUGUUUCUACGGUUGGGCUCCUGUGCUAAAAAUGAUGUUCAAGGGGGUGGCGGGGACGGGGUGAAGGCAAGGACGCAGACGAGGACUAGGAGGAAGCCCUUGCCAUCUAAAAUUCAUGCGGACUAAACAGUUUCCCCGACCGAAUAAAUAAAGCGGAUGCUACCCUGCUCCGGAAUCAAAAGCAAUUUAAUUAAAGUCUCUUAAGUUGUAAAGAGUUUUAAAUGUUCCGUGUUGAAGGCGAAUGCCUGCAGAUGCGCGGGGCUUGACGUCAGCCGCCGGGCCUGGGCCGGGAGGCCAUUUGCUAUUCUGUUUCAGGCAGGCCGGGUUGCCUUAUUUUGGAACCGGCUUGGUGGGGGGUUUGCUUUGCUGCUGCUUCUGAGCCCUGAGCUUCAAAGGCUGAAAUUAAUGGUGAACAAAAUUGUGCGGCUCUGGCCGUCCCAUGCGGGGCAAGCCCAUUGAGGGUUAUCAUUAAGUAAAGAAAUAAAGAGGGGGAAAAAAGCCUGCCUGUUCCAAAAACCUCAUCAGAUAAUGACCUCAGUGAUUGGAUUUUCAUUACCAAACAGCAUCCAGAGAUUAUCCACGCGUAGAAGGGAAGGGGGUGGAAAGAAAGGAAAGCAACUGUCUUUCUCUCCCUCUCUCCUCUCUCUCUCUCUUUUUUUUUUUUUUGCACAUCUUUUCUUUAAAACUGUCAGAUCAUUUCAGUAUUUCAAAUCCGAGGAAAACAGCCUGCCUGCUGCUGUAUUUGAAGUUGUAAUGGUGUCAAAAAGUCACGACUGACUGACAGCCGUCAGUCCCAGAGGGGCUCAUUAAAUCAUAAAAACUUGACAAGGAAAUAAUUGCGCAUCGCCAGCAACUUGGCGCCUGUUUAGACGUUUUUAUUUUCUUUCAUUAUGAGUCCCCACCAUUACGUUCAUUAACAAAUUGCAUUAAACAACUGUUAAGGGCUAAUGAUUUGUUUAUCGCUUUUUAUUAUUAUUAUUAUUUAAACAUUAGCUGUGUCAUGUGGUACCCGAGCAGCCUCUUGCCAUCCUCUGACUGAAUAUUUUUCCACUCCCGAGCUCUGGGUACUGUUGGAAUAUGAAAUAGAUUAUUCAUUACUCUCCUCUUUGCCACUGAUUUGAUUUCAUGUAGCGUCUUCCACAGAGAAAGAUGAAAACUUGUCAAAAAUAGGUUAUAUCUUAUUCGAAGGGGCAACAAUAGCGGCAGGUACAGGCACACUUUAAUAUUUAAUUAAGGUGGAUGUUAACCCCUUUAAAUGACUUUAGCUGUAAGUUCUAUUCAAAUGCAGAAGAGAAAAAUAAUUGUUCUUAAUUUGCAACCUGUUCAGCAGGCAUUCUUCAUGGAGUUAGCUGGAAAUUUAGAGCCGAAUUUUUAAAUAAUGAAAUUUCCCAUCAUAAAUAUUUAUAGCCGUUUGUCUACGUAUUUGAGAAUUAACGACAAGCAAUGAUUUCCUCGCCUCUUUGGUUUGAACUGUAGCCUGGUGGGGCACGCGGUGCCUGGGAGUGGAGGUGGCUUUCCUGGGAGAAACGCAGGGCCAGAGCCAAGGGCUGUUGGUUCGUUGUGGCUGGGGCUGGUUUCAAAGGAACCUCUGUGAGGCCCCUGUCUCUGGUCCACUUGUCUCCUCCGUUAGCUGAGUGUGUGGUUGGAGGACUGUGGUCUGGAGAGUAAGUAGGGAUUUCUUAAAGGAACGCUUGUGCGUCCAGUUGGCUGGCGCGGGGAGGGUGUGAUGGGGCGUCUCUGUGGAGUCAGUGAGCUCAUUGCGAACAGUGCUUCCCUGAGAGACCGUAGGAGCGAUGCUUUGCUGGGAGAGACCUUCUAUCUUUUUUUCCUUUCUGGGACUUGCCGUUGGUGACAUCAUCAGCUUUUCCGUGGGCUCCAAGCUUUGCGGGGGGAAAAACUCCAUCAUCAUCACCAUUGUCAUCAUCAUCAUCCUGAGUCUAAAGUCAGUGGCAUUCUCCAUGCCGGAACGGCUGGCUGCAUCUGGUCUCCCCAUUUGAUCCGAUGAGUUUCACAGAGCCAUGGAAGCCACUCUCAGAGGCCUGGUUCAUUAGUACUUCAGGGCUGGGGUGUGCUGGUCAAUAUCAGGGAACGAGGAGUACUUUUCUGCCAACCUGCUUUACUCCCACCCACCCGUCCCCGGAAAGACAGACCCCUCGGGCAGCCACUCCGUGGAUGCGAAGGGGAGAGACAGCAUGUGUCCCUUGCUCAGCCACCGUCUCUCAGCAUCACCCACCCAAGGGCAGAUGGUCCCAGCAGGAGCUGUGGCAUAGGAGGGGUGGGUCCAGCAGGUGGGAGCCAAGCGAGGCCUGCCCUGAGCUUCAGAGAUCACCAUGGGCACGGAAACGGCACAGAGACCAGGUCUAAGGGGUCUCAAGCCUCCAUUUCAGUCUGUUCCAAAUUAGCCACGUGACAGCUUACCACCUUUUAACGGACGCCACACCUCAGCAAAAGAUAGGCUCAGAGAUAGGCUCGUUUUUCCAAAAGGAAGGAAGGCUUUGUGGUAAGCCAUCCCCUAUCUGACUCCCAGAGACACUGGUUGCCUGAGAUGAGUCGCCAACCCUCAAACUUGACCUCAUCCUAUGGUAUAAUUCACUAACCUGAAGCCAAACUCCCGGAAACAUCCUUGUUUGUAUGGCUUUGCCUGCAGCCCAUUGGACUCCAACCACUAGUGUCUGCCAGGGACCAUCCACAUUUUGUGACUAGUCAGGUAGCUCUUAGACAGGAUGCCAGCCUUUUAAAAAUGGGGCAGGGGACUGUGUGGACAUCUCAGAGAGGUUCUUAAAGCCACAGGAUACUCCCCAAGAAAGGAGACAUUGCAGGGUAACCAAGAGCGGCCAGGGGCAGGCAGGAGAAUAGUGCAUGUGAUUGGAGCCAAGGCUGGAUACAGGGGAGGGAAGACACAGGGAAUGCUGAGAGACUGCCCGUGUCCAUUAGGAUUCUAGGUCAGUAAUAAGGUGAAUGUUCCAAAGCCGACUUACCAGAGGCAAGUAGGGCAAAAACAAGAUGGUGGCACAAACCCAAAAUGACAGGACAAGUGGGUUGGGAAUGUGUGAGGAGGUGAGGAACAGAUGGGGUAUGGGUUAAGGAUGGAUUCCCAGCACCAGGGGACAGAAAAUGAUUAGUGGGACUCAUCCCAGGAGAUAGUAAAGAGGGAAGGGCACAGGCAUUAGGCCCUACCUUGUGCAACCUGGGCCCAUUACUGGCCUCCUUCAGGAGGCGCCCAAGCGGGGGAAAGACAGGGUGCCUAUCUCCCAGGACUCCGGCCCAAAUCACACACAACCUCUAUUGUCAUGCCUCAAGGAGCUCCCAGCAUGCUGUGGGAAAAGCGCUUCCUCAUCCUGACUCACCUCGUUACUCGUGCUACAUAAAUAAUGACGGCGUCACGGGGGGGGGGGGGGCCAGGCAGCAGAGCUCUAGACUGUGAUUCUGUGAACUCGUGCACCCCCUCCUUCCCUUCAUCCAAACAAGGCCCUUUGGCGUGAAUAAUAGCUCAGCGGCCCAAAGCCCGUAUUGAUCUGCUGCACACACGGCUCCACUGAGAGCUGCCUGGACUUUUCCUGGGGGCAGGACAGCGCCGUUCAGCGCAGCCCCCUCCUUCCCCCACCCCUCGGCCUCCCCAGGUGUGCUCAGGAGGGGACAGUACUGGGGGGGAUGAGGGGGGCCAAGGCCCUUCUCCAGCUCAGUGCUGCUUUGUUGCCUCAACUUUUUUGUUUUUAACUUAUUUUGCCAAGAAAAGUACCUGAGUUGGACAGAAAUGUUUUCUGCAUGAUGAGGCCCCACAGAGUUGAGAAUGGAAUACAUCCUCAGGCUCCAGCUUCUCUCCAGAAAGUUCUGCCAAAGACCCGGGCCACAGAGGCACCCUCCGCUGACCCUCAUGGCGGCCUCCCGCAUGCCCAGCACUGGGCUACGCGCCUUGGCGUGCCACACUGUACGUGCCUGUUAAUUUUCCACCUUCACACCAUCAGAAGAGAGAGGGACCGCGGCGCCUGGGUGGCACAGCGGUUAAGCAUCUGCCUCCAGCUCAGGGCGUGAUCCCGGCAUUAUGGGAUCGAGCUCCACAUCAGGCUCCUCUGCUAUGAGCCUGCUUCUUCCUCUCCCACUCCCCCUGCUUGUGUUCCCUCUCUCGCUGGCUGUCUCUAUCUCUGUCGAAUAAAUAAAUAAAAUCUUUAAAAAAAAAAAAAAAAAAAAGAAGAGAGAGGGACCAACGAUGUGGCCAGACUCCGUCACGUCUCUGCGGAAUGGGGUUGUUGUUAAAUUCAGUAGAGAAGUCUCAGCCACAGGAGGCUGAAUGCGCAGGGCCUGAAGCCCGCCACACUAUCCCCUUCCCCAUCUCUUUUGGGCACAGGAGGUGACCCAGGCCUUGGCCCUUCCAGCCAAGUACAGUUUAAGAUGAGCCAGGUCUCCGCCCAGGAACGCCUGUGAGCGGGUAGCUACCUGAAAUCCUGCCUCUAAAGGGCCGUUCCUUUGGUGUCUGACCUUGAGCCCUGGCAAAAUGUAAGUUCUUCUCCUCCUGGUCAGCUUCAGUCCCGUCGCCGACUGAUCCCUCCUGGUGAACCGUCUGACCCCUUCCUGAGGGCAGAUUUUGGGUUUGGGGGAGGAAAGAUCCACCAUGGCAAGGAGCAGCUGGUGGUCUUUGGGAGAAGGGGGUAGAAGGGAAGAAGACCUUGGUUGCCUGGGACGAGCUCCCUGGUGGUUUCUCCUGGGAGCAGCGGCCCUUUAGGGUCAUGAAUGGGUUACCGGGCAGGGGGCGGGGGUGGGGCACGGCCUUGCGGUAGAAGCCCUCACACACCCUGGCCCCAGGGCCCAGGGCUGCUCACGUCAGAGAACACAUGGGCUCUGCUGAGGCAAGAUAACUGGGCCAGGGUCCCCUGGCACAUCCCACAGCAGUGCCCUUGCUGAGGGGGAGGAGAAAGGGCAGGAAGGCAGGAGGUGGGGGGGUAGUUAGAACAGGAGACAGUGCUUUCCUUGGGGAGCUGCUCCAGCCUGCUCCCCCCUAGCCCUGCUGAGGUGAGGAGGCCAAGGCAUCUGGGGAAGAGACCAGAACCGAUCGCUUAUGCCCCAUCCAGGGGUCUCAGCACAGCAGGGACAUCGUGACUCUCAGAAAAUGUCUCUGCUUGAUUUCUAUCUCCCCCUCACGCACACACCCCCAUCAAGAAACUGCAGAGUGAGAAGAGCUAGGGGCUUCAUGGGCUCGUCACUGUCCCCAAGAGGACUUCUAAACAACCGAGCCUUUCCCUAUUGGAAGCAUGAGAGGUGUAAUCAGAUUUAUUCAUCUAGUCAAAAAGUACCCAUUGGCUAUCUUCCAUGUGCCAGGCCCCAAAGACAUGUGGUGAAGACGCGAGGUAAGAAAACAAGCAUGGCAGUCCUGCGGCCCUGGGGCUGCAGAUGGGACAGCUGAUUUCGUCCCCAGAGCCCUGCCUUGCUGUCUGCUCUCAGGCAGGUCACUGUCGGGGGGCGGAAAUCCUGCUGUGCUGCCCACGCCCCUGCCACCUCCCACCGCGGCCCCCCCAGGUCAGCGCCCCACCUCCACGAACCCUCGCCACGCCCUCUAGUGCUGUGUGUUCCUGCCUCCGGGCGGUUCCCACGACUACGUGUGCAAAAUGGCCCCAUUGGAGUAGAGUUGACAUUUGCCUGCAAGUGGUUGAGUCCCCAUGAGCACUGGCUCCGUAUCCAGGACCAGGCCCAGAGACGCAGGGGACAGGAAUGGGGACCCUUUAGAUUGGGACUGACUUAGAGGAUUUUUUUUCCUUUUUUCUUUUUCCUUUCUUCCUUUUUUCUGCUUAUUAAAUGAUAAAGGUUCGACUUGGCAGGCAAUCAGAAACCCAAAAUAUCAUAAAAGGGAAAAAAGUUGCCGAGUGGCUAAGAGGUGCACCACGGGAGUGUCACUGGGCUUGGCGGCGAGGUGAAUUGCUGAGCGAUGGAGCAGGAGACAUUUUUCAAAGGCUUCUCUCUCCUUCUUCUCUCUCUGUCCCCCAUGCAGAAAGGGGAAAAUAGAAGCAGAAUCCAGAUUUGGGCACGAGGCUGCUGGGUCACCCUCCCCCACCACCAGCCCCCAGACAGUGGAGAAACUUUGAUCCAGGGACAGGAGGGGCCUGGGUAUCCCAGCAAAGGCUGCCGCGGUCCUGGCCUCCGGAUGGGCCUCCCUGAGCUCCCGUGGGGGGAGACGAAACCCACAGAGCCAGGGAGAGCAGGGUUGGAAAGGAGGAAAUGUGGGACCCGUGUCCCUUGAGCUCCAGGCUGGCCACCUUGACGACCAGGUGGAUGGGCUCAGAUUCACGGAACUCUCUAGCUGUGCAGGCUUUAGGGACCAUUUUGGCCAACCUGCUUGUUCAGUUGGGGAGAUAGGGUGCAGAGAGGGAAUGAAUCUUCACACGAGACCACCCAGUACAUGGGCGGCGGGGCCACGAAUGGACUCCAGGUCUUCAGCUGGGUUUCUCUCCUCUGCACAAGGAGGUGUAACUCAGCACUGCAUUCUGGAAGGCACGGCCCAGCCACGGGGCCUCUUUGGUAGUGCUGGCCUUCAUGCCACGGGGUUAACGUUCCUCCAUUACAUUCUUUUUAAACCACCAUGCAUAGAAAAACUCAGUUCCAUCCCUGUUGGCUGUGAUCAUUUUUUCCCUGAAUGUCAGAUCUUUUCUCUCCUGAGGAACUGGCAGAGGACACCCUGGGUGUCCCCUCUUCUGACCUACUAACGUCCCGGGGGAAAGACAUGUUUGUGCUCAAGUCCACCAUCACUAGCAAAAGAAUCUUGUGGGGAAUAACUAAGUAAGAUUUGGAGUCCCCCCCUUCCUCCGACCCUGAGCCCACAGAGGCCUCUGGCAAACACCUGGGCUGCUGACGCUAAGGGGACGCUGCUUUAAAGCUGGGCAAGGCCCCGACAAGCUCCAGGCUCUGGUGGCUGUGGGGGUGGCGUGUGCACACCCAGGAAGAGCCUAGCAGGGAGACCCCACGAGGCUUCGCUCUUUGCCCAAAGUCUGGCGUCUUCCAGGCCGGAGGUACUCAGGGCUCUGGGCCCUUCCAUGCCACCAGCUACCAUGUGGCCUCAUGGUGACAAGUCAGGUCCUGCUCGGGGCUUCAGUUCCUCAUCUGGCAAAUGGGAAAGUUGCUUGGAAAGUCUCAGGAAGGUAGGCCUCUGCCAACUCCAGUCAUCCACAGCAGAGAAGAGGGACUAUUCCUAACCAUGUGAGGGCCAAGGGCACUGGGGUCAGAUGGCAGCCCCUGGUGUGUAGAACCCCCUAGAAGAGCAGGAGAUUUGGUGCGCUGAGCUUCUGAACGGUCUUGGGUGCAGGGCUGGGGGCAUGGGCUUGUGAUCAGUGCAGCCACGUGCAUGACCCCACCUUCAGAAGGGCCCCCCGCUGGGGGCUUAAUACUGUACAGUCGCUAUAUGGAAAUUCGUGAUAAUUUUAUCUUAGUAAUUGGGUUUUGUAAACGAAGUUCAGUGAGACAACGGGCCAUGAACGGGGAGCUUGGAGCCCUGGCUCCUAGGCAGUCCUGCUUCCCACCACCUCCCUGCUUCUGGGGUCUGAUGCUUAGACCCCUGGAACCCCUGUUCCACUCGGCCUUCCCACCCCAACCUCCACGCAGCAGCUGCUGCCAACCUGCCCCCAGCCCGGGCUCAGGUAUGGGAAGGGUCAAGGGUUGGACAGGUGCAGUCCACAGCAUCCUGGGGUGGGGGCAGGGCGCCUGCGGGCCCGGCCCUAUGCUGACAGCAUCAGGACACAUUUAGUGGGGGACGCGCCGGGGCACGCCUCUAAUCCACGCCAAUGCAGGCACUGGGUAUACCUCGUGCAUCCUGGCACCACGGUUGCCCUGCCCCUGGGGUUGCCCAUCUGCUGAGGACUGGGGCAGGGACCCUGCAGAAGAGGGAGAUGCCUUCCUUGACCUCCUGUCCCGGGCCUGGGGCACAACCUAUCUGUCCAGCCACUGGGAAGGAAGCGAACCCGACCCCCAGGCUGGAGAGCAAGUGCGUGCCCAAGUCACAAGGCAGGGGUCAGCACUCUGAGGGUCCGACCUCCCCCUGAGAGAAUCCUCAGGCCUGGGGGAGCCCUCUCUUCUUUCUGCCAGCGUUCCUGAGUCCGGCUUGUCUCUUCGGACCUGAGUCUUCUUGUCGCUUCUGGUUGAGGCACCCCUCGAGCCAAGCCACAGCAUAGGUCAUGUACGUGCUGAUUCCACACACGGAAAUAUUCUGACACUUGCUUUUAAAACUGGCGUGGCACAACAUGAAAUGAACGGUAAAAUCCAUGCUAGUGAUUUAAAAUUUUGACUUGACUUGGAAGACAUUAACUAGAAAAUUUUAAACACCAUGACAAGAGAGAGACCAGGGAAGAAAUGAAAAAGCACUUUUUUUCUUGCUUUCUGAAUACAGGGCUCCUUAUUUUCAUUUUGCUUUGGAUCUCACAAAUUAUGGAGCUGGUCCUGCCUGGGUGAGUCACUUUCCCUCUGGGGCACCCAUUUCCCUAUCAGGAAACCAGACCAUUAACUUUGCACGUGCCCCUCCCUCGCUCCCAGGCACAUUAUGAAGGUGCGCUUGGAUGAGACCCAUGAGCAGGAUUUAGAAACCAGUGUGCGGUGCCAACCCUUGGCCUUGGAACAUGGCCCUUCUUUCUUAAAAAGGGGUUUAUCCCCUCUCGUGUAGGUUUACCCACUGAUAAGUCAGUCUGUCCCCCAGGUACUGUCCGUAGGUCUUAUGUCCUAGAACCGAAGCGCCAGUCUAAAAGGCACCCUCCUCCCUGGCAAACAUACGGAGUAGCCUCUAUAUUUGGAAUCCAAGCAAGUUGUGAAAUGGAAAGAUGUCAACCCGCCCGAGGGCAGAGGCCAGUGUGCAAAGACUGGUCAUUGAUCUCUACAUUCAUCCCUUUUAUUUAACGGUGAGGCCAGAAUUUCAAAGCUCAGUACAAAGGUACUAACAUGGAGGAGGGUGGGUGCCAACCAGGUUUGGGUUGAGGGGUCAUCUUCUCAAGAAUGGUAAAAAUCUCGAUUCCACUUAUCCUCCAGGAAGAGGGUAUCUCCAUUUCAGAAGCAUUUCCAAAGCUACUGUCAUGGAGGGUCCAAGUGCAGCUUUCAACCUGCCUUGCCUGAUGUUGGAGGACUCACCUGUCCAAGGGAUGAAUGUGUCCAAAGUAUCAGCCUGUCAUCUUCUAUAAAAGUGCUGUCACUUUAAGAGAACAUGAGUGGGAUGAAUGAGUGAGUCUGUUUAGAUCAAGUUGCCUCAAAUGGAGUCCAGAUAUUAAACGGCAUACUCAACAGUGCCAUUUCAAGAGAAGAAAAUUCAGAUGACCCCCGUUUGGCUCCUUCUACAGCUUUUCCCCAGUAGUGGAUGAUCUCUUGAUCAUUUUAAAAUUUUGCAGUUUUAAGUUUAUCUUAUUUCACUUCAUUUCCCUUUGAGUGCUGUCUUCUGGCUCCUGCUCAGACUUCCUCCAGCUAAUUCAUUAGGCCUGAGAGUUGCUCCAGAGUGGGAUUAGAACCCGUGUAGUACAUAGUCACUUUAAACUGAAAUCUGCUAAUUAAUGGCUCUUCUGUGCGUAACUGAACGAGAGCGCUCCUUCCCCGGGGAAUUGCGAUUUCAUGGUUCCUAAUGAUGCUGCGAUUACAUUAUCUGGAUCACGCACACGGUGGGUGUCAGGAGCGGUGCUCAGAGCCUGUCUUGGGGAUGGGGAGAAAUCACUCCUAAAACUAAGGGGAUGAGGGGAAGGAGUCAGAAUGUCUGUUGUUAAUUGUCAUUAACACGUGCUGUCCUUCAUCUCAUUCCGGCAUUUGUUCAAGGUCCAACUUCCCCGAGCUCCACAAUGCCUCCAUAACCUCACUACCCCCCCCCCAAUAUUCAUAGGGUUUUUUGUUUUUUAAAAAAAAAAAAAAAGCCAAACUAUUUAUUUGCUGUAUUCCACAAAGUAAUUUAUUUUCAUUACCUUUCUUGGAAAUGUGAGUCUACAUAUCAUUAGUACAAGUAAUAUAUGUUGAUUGUUGUUUCCCGAACUAACCUGUAUUAUUUGAUGAGUUAAAUAAAAUGCCUAAAUCCAA